ACGAUCCGUCUGGCAACAUUGGUCUUCUCGCGAUAUGUUCUCAGUGGGUGGGAAAGCCAGAAAUAUGGCAGCCGUCGUGCUGAGGUCCUGCCGCAAAGGACUUUCUCACAUUUUGAAGAAUGGAGGAGUCGCUACUAUCUUGCCAAAGACUUUGGGAGGGGUGAGACAGAAGUCCUAUGUGCAGUAUGUGACAAGGCCAGAGCUCCCUAAGCUGGCCUACCGCAGGGUAAAGGGGAAGAGUCCAGGCGUGGUCUUCCUGCCUGGUUAUGGAUCCAACAUGAACGGCCUGAAAGCUGAGGCCCUGGAGGAGUUCUGCAGGUCACUAGGACAUUCAUACCUAAGGUUUGACUACACUGGCCAUGGGUUAUCAGAGGGGGUGUUAACUGACGGGACCAUUGGCACCUGGAAGAAAGACGUUCUCUUUGUGUUGGAUGAACUAGCAGAGGGCCCACAGAUCAUGGUGGGGUCCAGUAUGGGCGGCUGGCUCAUGCUGUUGGCAGCGAUCGCCAGGCCGGAGAAGACUGCAGCUCUGGUGGGGAUCUCCACGGCAGCAGACCAUGUCGUCACAGCCUUCAAGUCAAUGUCUCUAGAGGUGCGUAAGGAGAUUGAAGAGAAGGGCGUGCUGACGAUGCCCAGCAAGCACAGAGAGGAGGGCGUCUACACAUUCACCAUGGACUUCCUGAAGGAGGCGGAGAACCACUGUGUCCUCCAGAGCCCCAUCCCCAUCACCUGCCCCGUGAGGCUCAUCCACGGCCUGAAGGACGACGACGUGCCCUGGCACAUCUCCAUGCAAGUGGCCCAGCGCGUCCUCAGCCCCGACGUGGACGUCAUCCUCCGCCGCCACGGUCAGCACCGCAUGGCCGAGAAGGACGACAUCAAGCUCAUGGUCUACACCAUUGACGACCUCAUAGACAAGCUGACCACGCUCGUUUGAGUCGGUGGAAGGGUUAGGGAAGGGGGGGUGAGUUGGAAAUCCCCCCCCCCCCAUUGGAGCUGCUCCUACCUCCCAGCCAUAUAAGAUCCCUUUAUCCCAGCUCUCCCCUUACCCUUCCUCCCAGUCUGCCCCUGGUCAGUUUAUCCUAAUUAUGCUGUUACAAAGAGAAGGAGAGAAACGAGGAUCACCGAAAGUACAAACUGAUGGAACGAGGAGCACGUCUGUCAAUAACCUCAGCCAGGUUCUUGAUGCGUGCCUUGGAGGGAGUGUGACUUUUACUAGUUCCAGUUUACUCUGUGCAGUGUUGUUUUGGUCAAGCUUUCUAUGGGCCAUGCUGCCACUGCUGCUGCUGUUUGAUUGACAGAACAUGCUGGUGCUUUUGCCAGACCCCAGUAGUUUUCCUGUGCCUUUUUACCACGUCUCACCCCGUUGGCCCAAUAAAGCCUCUGCACACCA